CUGAACCACUCUUUAGUUAUAUGUUCUGCAAAGUAUCAUAUAAGCCUUUGGGAGAAAUUCAAAGAAUACCUAUCUGAAGAUUUUAAAAGGCAAUUAGAAAGACAGGGAGAUGUGGAUGUAGAGCACAUAACAGAUGUGGUAUUUAACAAAUGCCUUUCGGUAAUAGAAGAUGCCGUAUUAGCGUUGGGUAGUCGGCUACUAAAAGAGUAUGGGUUACCUCAGUCAAGCAAAGAACAACAAUUUGAAAAUAGAGAGUUUCUUAAAGAGACAAGUUACGACUUAGCAUCAUUAGAAAACACAGUUAAAAGACGUAAAAUACCAUGGAUUUUUGGGAUCGUCCUCACGGUAGCACUGGCCUCAAGUGCGGGAAACAAGCGGCCACAUUUUACAGUCGAACCGCCAACCCGGGUGCUGUGGCCAUCUACUCGUGGAGCAUUUGCUGUAUGUAGAGCUACUGGCCAUCCGACACCAGACGUCAACUGGGUCACUGCUGAAGGGCAAAUUCUUACAACUAUACCUGGACUGAGGCAUGUAAUAAGUGACGGACGUCUGGUGGUUGGUGCGCGUCGUUCGGUAGUGGACGCUGGUGCCGGUGGUAGCAGCGCUGUUCUCAGAUGUAAAGCAACUAACAAAGCGGGCACAACUCUCUCCAGGCCUAUGAUAUUGCAACCAGUUGAAGACAGCGUUCUAUCACAUUCGGUGAGACAGCUUACUCCCGCCGAAAUUGGAGGUUCUGUUGUCUUACGAUGUGAAGUAUCUCCUCAAAUGGGUCUUAUAGAAGUAAAAUGGAUCCAAGACGGGCUUACCCUUUCAUCGGGCUUUAUUGAAACUGAUUCCCGAUGGACAACAGGCGCGGGUGGACUUCUUGUAGGUGUUGAUUUGACUCAAGCAGAUAUGCAAGCGGAAUACUCUUGUUUAGUUCUUGACACUCCAAGUCCUGUUAUAAAACUCACAUCAGACGAUAGUAGCUGGUUGGAAAUGAAAGAAAUUAAUUCAAUCGAAGCACAAAUUGGAGAUACUGUGAUACUUCCUUGCAUUAUGCGACAUGUUGGCGGACAUACAAUUACUUGGCAGCGACAGGAAGCGAGCGGCAUAUGGAUAGCUCAAACUCCUGGUGAGGGUAUUGUUAAGGGCGGUACACUUGUCCUACCAAAUGUUCGGCCACAUCACGCACUACGUUACGCCUGCUCAACAGGAUCUGAAUCCUCUUCAAGACUACUAAUACGGCUAACAGUAAUGGAACCUUUAACAGUUACUGUUACACCUAAUCCUUUGAUAUUGGGAACAGGUGGGACAGGUAUUUUUAAUUGUACAGUGAAAGGAGGCCGCGGUGGAGGAAUAACUUUGAGUUGGCAACAUGAAGGACGUCCUCUUCAUGCUCCACAAGCUCGUUUGUCUCUUGGCCCUGUUCGCUCACAUCACGCUGGUCUUUAUCAGUGUACUGCUUUUGAUCACACAGAAUCAGCAGUAUCAGGAGCUGAACUAAUGAUAGCGGAUAGACCACCAAGACUGAUUUCAACAUUUAGUGAAGCUGUAACUAGAAUUGGCCAAAGUAUUGUUUUAAGAUGUGCAGCCACUGGCAUUCCUCCGCCAAGGAUAUUGUGGACAUUAGACGAUAGACCUCUACCAGCAGCACCAGAUAAAUACAGCGUAAACACAAGAGCGGAAGCUCUACCAAGCGGUGAAGACGGUGUUAUUGUGUCAACAUUAAGCGUCACAAUUCGAACUGCCGAUGAAGGUGGUAGAUAUGGCUGUAAUGCGACGAACUCAGGAGGCUCCCAUGCGCAUCACGCAAGAUUAAAUAUUUUUGGUCCCCCUAAUAUACGAUAUCUACCGCCAGUACAUGUGAAAACAAACACAGACGUAACUUUGAACUGUCCUUAUUCGGGAUACCCUAUUAAAGAAGUCAUCUGGCGGCGCGAAGAUGGUUCAGCGAUUAAAAGCGGUCUUGAAUCCAAUGAAGAACUUGGUAUACUAAGACUAAACUCGGUAAGAAGUACCGAUGCAGGAAAUUAUAUAUGUGAGGUCAGAGCUGAAAGUGGGGAAUUAGCAAAAAGGACAGUUCGUGUCGAAGUACACAAACCACCAAAAAUAAUGCCAUUUCACUUUCCUGAGGAAUUGGAAGUAGGGGGAAGUACACAAGCAACAUGUAGUUUGGUUUCUGGAGACAAACCGAUACUAUUUUCAUGGCAUAAAGACAACUUGCCUAUACCAUCAGUAUUAAAGGUUGAACAAAAAAACAUGGACUUUUUCUCUAUUUUGGUAAUACAUAAUCUUUCUUCUGCACAUACUGGUGAAUAUUCUUGCAGAGCAACGAAUGACUUUGGAACAAUUAGCCAUACAGCACCAUUGAUUGUAAAAGAAUCACCGUCCUGGAUUUGGCGAGCUCAAAAUACAUCAGUGUCUGUUGGGGCAGCAGUACUCUUACCAUGUUCGGCUAAAGGUCAACCCUUGCCAAGAAUAUCUUGGGAAUUUUCCUCAGGUGGAAAUAAUUGGCAUCAUAUUUUAUGGGGACAAUCGGAUUCACCUGAAUCUGGAGAAGGAUCAGUUCUAUUAGACGGAACUAUUUGGCUAAGGGCAGUUACUUCAAAUCAUGAAGGAUGGUAUCGUUGCACGGCCCGAGUUCAACACUCUUUUCUUCAUCAUUCCUUUUACCUUGACGUUAGAGAGCCCCCUAAAUUGAGUAGAGGAGAUGGUGGCGGAGAAACAAGAUGGGUAGUUAGAGGAUCAACCGCACGUCUUAUUUGCACGGUCAGAGGGGAACCAGAAAUUCAUUUACACUGGACACAUGACUCGCGUCCGCUUUCACUGCACGGUUCAGGUGGUGUCGAAACAAAGGACAUAGGAAACGGAAUUAAAACGUCUGAAAUAACAAUUUCACACGCAGGACCGGAACAUGCUGGCGAUUAUAAAUGCCUAGCCAGGAAUUUAUACGGAAAUGAUGAACUCUCUUUUCGAUUAUUCGUAAAAGAACGCCCUAACAUCCCCGAGGAAGUUCGUAUUUCUGAAUUAUGGUCGAGAAAGGCUCGCGUGACAUGGAGGGCAGCAAGAGGAGUUAUUGUAUCACAUUAUACUUUGCAAUAUCGUGUAUUGACGCUCGACAUUGCCGACGUUGCGUUGAGCGUUCCAUUAUCUUCUUUAAUAAGCUCAUGGGAUACACAUGAAGUUGUUAAUGUUACGUUGGCUAAUUCUGAUCUGUUACACGUUGCAUCGGAAGGGCCGGGUCGCGCCGGGGCUUUGGUGACAGGAUUAGCUCCUGACACACGAUAUGUACUCAGGCUCGCUGCUUAUAACGACGUCGGCGCGUCGCCUUACACGCCCCCGCUCCAUUUCACUACCCGGGAAGAAGCGCCUGGAGGAGUUCCACGUGAUAUAAUAGUCAGAGCUCUCCGUGCUCGAGAGUUGCUUGUCACUUGGCAGCCACCACCAAAGGAAACUUGGCAUGGUACUUUACUGGGUUAUACAAUACGAUGGUGGGAAGUAUCUGAAGAAGGUAAAGGAACAAUCGUUGAAAAUUCUGGGUCAGAAAGUGGCGCCAGCGCCGAUGCAACUAGCACAACUUUGAGAGGCCUUAAAGCAGCAACAAGAUAUGGUGUGACAAUUAGGGCUUAUAACGCAGCAGGUACAGGACCUUUGUCACCACCACAUUAUCGUCACACAAUUGAAUCACCUCCAAAUGGAAGUCCUGAACUGCUACCAUGCAUAUCAAGUGGGUCAACUUCUCUUCGAGUAUCGUGGCAUCCACCAGCGUUAGAGGCGAGAGGAGGCGUUAUAACACAUUACACAUUACAAUAUACAAGACGUGAUUCUGAUCCACUCUUGCCACCACAAGACGCCUAUUUGAGAAUUCAGGGUGAAGACACAAUAGUGUCUCGUUUAACACCAUAUGCGGAAUAUGAAAUAAGAGUUCGCGCACAUAACGCCGCGGGAGAUGGUCCAUUAUCGGCUCCGCAGUUUUGCCGUACCGACGAAGACGUUCCAAGUGCACCUGGAGGUAUGAAACUUAUAGCACUGAGCGAGCGAUCAUUAAGAGCAUCAUGGUUGCCACCUUCACAACCAAAUGGGAAACUGACUCAUUACACUCUUUAUGUCAAAGACUUAUCAGGAACACAAGAACCGAAUGUGUCUAGGAUAAACGCAUGUAUAGAAGGGGAGGAGUGUAUGAAGCCAUUGCGAGGACUUCGUCCAGGUAGAACCUAUGAGGCAUGGGUUAGAGCUGCUACGAGUGCUGGCGAAGGGCCUCCGUCAACAGUAGUCGCUUGCCAAACAAGUGCAUUAGCGCCAGCUCGAAUAUCAUCCUUUGGGGGCUUAGCUAUGGAAUCAUCUGGAAGUUCACUAUCCUUACGGUGUGUUGUUGGAGGUGUACCACCACCAGCCAAACGUUGGCUUCGUGCUGGUAAUCUUCUUCAUCCUAUUCCACCAUUCCACUUGGAAGGAGAUGCGCUUCUAAUAAAAGGCUUAGAAUUGUCACAUGCUGAUAAUUACACAUGCGUUGCUGAAAAUCCACACGGUUCAGAUUCUGUGACCUGGCGGGUCAUUGUAUUACGCCCACCAGCACCACCGAGCUUAGCUUUAUUAGAAGCAAGAUCUAGAGAACUUGAACUUGAUGUUAGACCCACUCCAAGAGCACCUGGACAUGCGCUUCCUAAAGCUUACACACUGCACUGGAGGCUUGCUGCACCAGAGGGAGAAUGGCGAGUACAACCUGCAAAUCCAGGUCCAGCCACUUUAAGUGGGUUACGAUGUGGCUCAGCGUAUCGGGUAUAUGGUUCGGCUGGUGGUGCUCCUGGAACUGAGAUAGCUGUGAGAACUUCUGGCGGGCCACCAUCUGCACCACCUGACAACAGGUGGAUUAGAGCAAAUGCAACACAUGCCAAAUUUGAUACUAGUAUGUGGUCAGAUGGAGGAUGUGGACCAGUUGCGUUAAAACUAGAAUGGGCCGGCCCUGGCGCAAUAGGAGCAAGAGAUGUGCCAGUUGGAGGAGAAGUUAUUUUAAGCGGAUUAACACCAGGUGCAAGAUAUCGCGUAGUAGCUCGGUCAUCAAAUGAAGCAGGAUUGACGCGAGAAGUGUACGAAUUUACUACAUUACCACUCGAGGGAAGCUUCGCUGAAGAAGUUGAUGCUCCAUUUCCUGCCACAGCAGGAGAGUUAGCAGUAUUACUGGCAUUGUGUGCAGCUCUCUCUCUAGCUGCGUUAACUAUACUGGCUAUUCUGUUGAGACGUAAGAGAAGUGAUGGUGUAGUAGCGCGAAUAGCAACCAACGCUGAUAAAACACCCUGCGGUACAUACGGUGAGCCACCUCAUCCGACACCUAAGUUGCUUCCGGAUCCACCAGAUGUUUAUGAAAUAAGUCCAUACGCCACAUUUGCUGGUGGCCCUGGAAUCACAGGAGCUGGAUCAAGAGCAUACACCCUUCAAUUAAGAGCCUUAGCACGUCAUGAUGAUGACGCUGCCCCACCUGCACAUUCCUCAUGUUGUGAUGAGGAAACAUGCGUAGAUACCUGCGACGACCAAAGGCGACGGAGACGGCGUCGUCAUUAUUGCCCGGAUCAUGGUUGUUCACUAGACUCGGGGAGUUGA